AUGGUCGCCAGGCCGCUGGCCAACCUCUCGAUACUAGUUCUCCUCGAACGUCAUAUCGCUGGGAUCGCCAUCGAGACGAUACACAUUGCGGAAAUAGAAGGCGACGUUGGUGCUAGGGAUUGCAACGAUGAAGUUGUCAAAUACAAUUUGAAAGCAGGCCCAACCGCUGAGAUGCCACUAGAUGAAGCCGAUAAUGAUAUUUAUCGUGCAAGCGGCCACGAAAAGGAGCCGUUCGGGAAAUACCUAAGGAUCCUGACACCACAUCUGAUUACCUUUAGAUACUACAGAAGUAGACAUCGUCAAAUACGAAGCUCUAGAAACCGCGCGGUUCAUAGUCGGCCAAAAGUAUAUGAGAAUGAUACUUUGGAGAGUGAUUGGAAACCCCCUUGCAAUUUUCUGAGCUUAGAUUCCUGA